GCGCAAGCCGAUAUCCGCCUGGUCUUUGGCAGACAAGUUGCACUGCCUGACGAGCGCGUGAGACCAAGCAGUUUAACGAACGACGAAGCUGAGAAAAGCUUGUCGUGUCAGGCAUUCAACCAGCUGUAGGAGGGGUAUCAGGGAGGAGCUACAGGUGAAGAAUAGAUCGCGAUGGAGGAGGAACGACAGGUUGCAAGGCUUUGGAGGGUGAACAAAACGAUCCACGAGCUGGUGCAAGAUAGGGGAUAUCAAGUAGCAGAAAGCGAAAUCAACAUCUCUUUAGACGACUUCAAGGCACAGUAUGCCCCCAACGGCCAUGUGGACCGCAAAGCUCUGAACUUCUUCGUCGAGACGGAGGAGCCAGAGGAUGGCGGGGAGACGGACAAGUUGUAUGUCUUUUACUCAGAAGACGCCAAUGUGGGUGUCAAGACGAUGCGGCAGUUCAUCGGCGCUCUGGAUCAGCAAAACAUUACCAGAGGCAUCAUCAUCUGGAGCGAGAAAAUGACUCCGGCUGCCAAGAAGGUCAUCGAGGCCAUGCGUAACCAAUUUGUGCUCGAAGACUUUGAUGAGGCUAGCUUGCUUGUCAACAUCACACAUCACAUGCUCGUGCCACGGCACGAGAUCAUGAGCUUUCAGGAGAAGCGAGAGCUUCUACAAAGAUAUCGGCUGAAAGACAACCAGUUACCACGCAUCCAGCCCACAGACCCCGUCGCACGCUACUUUGGCCUCACACGAGGGCAGGUUGUGCGCAUUACCCGACCUUCCGAAACUGCCGGUCGAUACUGCAGCUACCGGAUCUGCUUUUAGGCGCGGUCCCCCCUGCUGGGCAGCAGCAGUAUUGUAUUUGUAUGGCACAUGUUCUCUAAUCUCCGUCGCAUAUGAAAGGGGCAAUGCAUGAGGUGCGCCCCGAAACACGUUUAGUGCCAUCAACUAGGCUACACUCCUCUCGCGGCUCUAUCAGAACGACCUGCGAAUCCGCUCCUGACACUCUUUUAGCUUGCUUUCCGAAAGCGAGAAUUGACGACCAGGCAAGAUAUCCCCACUGUCCUUGGCAUUUGCACAGGCCAGCGAGUGAAUGGAGACAAUGUACGCAUUGAUCGCGUCAUCGAUCCUUUUAGCAGGAAAGGAUGUCAUCCCAGCUGCGCUGGGCAUGUCGAGCGUCUGCUCGAGCCACAGCUCGAUCAAGGCAGCAGUAUCUGCAAGCAAGAAGGAAAGGCCGGCACGGCUAGUCCAAGGGUCU